AUGUUGGGGAAGGAAAAAGCGGCGAAAAUCAUCACGCAACAUCCGAAUCAAUACGAUGCUGCAAACGUGAUAGACACAGCGCUACGUGAUGACCCCAAUGAGUCACCGUUUGAUGUGAUAUCGCGCAUCAGUAAGGUCAAUUUGGUCGCACUUGAAACGUUCGGUGAAUUAAAUCAAUUUUGGGGUAAUGCAAAUCGAAUUCUCCUCCCAUUAGCUGGACAAAUUGAACGUGCGUCAUUGUCACUUUUACGUGCAACCUUUCCUCAAAUAUUCGGUGAUUUGAAUCCGUCGGACAUCGCAACUGAUAAAGUGACUUACCCGCCGGAUAAAUCUAAUUUUGUGAUUAAGGAACUGAUCAAAGCUCUCGUAAGUUCAGCAAAACGAAAUUCCGCCUCUUCAAAUAGCUCAAAUUAG